UUUUUUUACCUUCCCUUAGCGGUAUCUACCAUAGACGUGAAUUACUUAAUACAGCGAAGUCGAAUAUUGAAAUCGAAAUUUUAUGGUAACCCUAGCAUUUUCAAUUUUAAAUAAAUUUCAUUCAAAUUUCAAAUUCAUUCAUUUUUCAAUUUUGUCUUUACAAAAUCGCCGGUGCUACAGUUUACGUACCAAAUAAUUAAUCUAUUUAAUAUAAAAACAAUGUCCGUGCAAAGUGUGUUGAUAGAUUUUUCCUUAGAUUCGGCUCGUUUGGCUGAUGAAAGUGGUCAAAAAUCUGUAUUUGAACAGUUGCAAACAACGCUGAAAGAGUACCUUCCUAAUCUUUUAUUAGCCGCUGAAAUUAGUCUAGAUGGUGGAUCCCUGAAAAUUUUAACUGGAAUGAAAGGUGUUACAGUCUCUAUAAGACUGUUUGACCGAGGUCUGGUUACUAUAAAUGUUGAAUAUUAUAAAGACGACAGCGAAGAUCCAUUAAUCACUUUCAAGUCAGCAAAAGAAUUGGAAAGUAAGCUGAAAAAACAUAUCAAAGUAUUGAAGUCACAGGCGUUACCACCAUUAAAAAGAUGCCUAUUCGGUAGAUAUCUGCCAUCAUCAGAUGAAAGGCUACUUGAGUAUGAUAUUGAUGCAACUCUAUUUGAUGAGGUGUCGCCUUUCCAAAGGGUGCAAAUUGUGCACUCAAAGAUACUUGGCAAUAUGUUGGUGCUAGAUGAUCUACAGAAUAUUUCAGAAGCGGAUCUCGUUUACACAGAAACAUUAAUGCAAAGAGGCAAAGAAAGCUACGAGGGAAAAGAGAUCGUUAUUCUCGGUGGUGGUGAUGGUGCUCUGCUAUACGAACUGCUGAAGGAGAAUCCUCGCUAUGUCUGGAUGCUGGAAAUUGAUGAGAUGGUGAUGAAGGCCUGCAACAAGCACCUUAAUUCCAUCUGCGGAGAUGUUCUGGAGCGGCGGAAGGGGUCUAACUAUGAGAUAAUAGUCGAAGAUUGUAUGUUAACUGUAAAGAAAUUUAUAAUGGAGAACAAGAAAGUGGACUACAUUUUCGGCGAUCUUACGGACAUACCGAUCUCUGACGCGCCUUGCGGGGAACUUUGGGAGUUUAUGAUCAACAUCUUGAACUCGGCCUUUAAAAUAUUGAAGCCAACUGGAAAGUUUAUGACUCACGGUAAUGGGGCCACAUCUUCAGAUUCCUUGGAGAUGUAUGAACAAGUGCUGAUGAAAAUGAAGCCAUCCGUCACAUUCUCCAAGACUAAAGCCUUUGUGCCUUCGUUCUAUGAGGACUGGAUAUUCUACCAGAUAGGAUUCACCCAAGAAUAACACGUAAUAUGGAAUUGUAAAUGUGGAAUUGUGUAUUAACUAGCUAGCGGGUACUUACUAAAAAAGGGUAGACGAAAAAUUUUGAGAAAUCGUAUUCCCGGUUCGAAUUUUGAAUAUUCAUGUAUUAAAAUAUUGAAUUUAAAAACAAUUUCACAUUUAUAACAUAUUGAUUAGUAACAAAACACAUCUCAUACAAAGAAGGGUUCCUAUAUACAACGGUUCGUAGCUGAAUCGUUCCUAUUAUCCCUUAAUUUUUUAAUAAACCAUCACGUUUUGUACCAAUAUUAGUUUAAGACUUCACGUUUGCCUCGACCAAAUAGUUUUGAUACAUUUUACCUUAGGUUAUAAAAAUACUGUUUGUUAGGGUUUUAUAAUGCUAUUACCAAACUUUCACUAGAAGCUAUAAAUUGGGUAAAACUGUAGCAGAUAUACUGCUAGUCAUAAUUAUAGAGAAAUAGAUAGUCUAUAACUGUCGGAUUAUAAACUAAUUUAAAAAACGUAGACGUCUUUAUCAGCGACGGCUUGAAACCCUUUAAUUAUAAAUAUCUAUCAGCGGUAUGGCAGCAGUAUUAACUUAGUUAUAAAAUAACUUAAGGAAACCUGUACCUUUGAGGAUUUUUUUCUAAGUAUUACUAUUAUAUAACUAAUCUCAUAUGUCAAAAAUCUGACAUACGGGUGUCGUUGUUUGACGUAAAUCUCGACUCACAAGUCUCGUGUCAGACGUCAUGUUUUAAUUUUCCAUGGUGUCAUUAAAUGUGAUAUCAUUUAAUUUCAAACAAUACUAAACAUCGGAGUUCUUAAUAUUAUUAUUUUUUUAACAAAAAAGUACUGGACUGAUCUCAAAAUUCUUCAACCAUAAGAAUUUUGCUAUUCAGAGGCUAUAUUUAUUUCGUAAAAGUUCAAUAACAUUGUCCACUCAUGCGAAGUUGGGAUUAGCGAAACAAACUAACAAAACACUACAAACUUACCUAAUUUAUAGCUUUACGUCAAUUACUAACUAAGUCACGGGCUUGAUUCUCGUUUUUUAGCAACGAUAAUUUGAGUUUAUAUAUGAUAUUGUAUAUAAUAAUGACAAGGUACAAAAUUCAGUAUUCGUGUUAGCCACCAUGAAGCUUCGUUUAAAUUGAUCGAAAAAAAGCGUUUUGAGCUUACAUUCAUUGAAUUUGAAUGGAAAAAGUGAUGCCUACAACGCGAGUUUUGACGUUUCCAUAUAUUUUAUAUAUCAUACUUGCUCUUAAAUAGAUCCAAAUAUAAUUUUCAACGCAGGAGGGAAAUAUAAUCGAAGUUAAAAAAUGAGAACCAUCGCUCAGUUUUCGGAGUAUUAUUAAGUGCAAAUAGCUAUUUAAUGGCUUGUUUCCUAACAGUAUUUUAAAUACAAGUCAAAUGAGAUCUUAAUUUAGUAUUAGCAUUGUCGACAUCACACUUUUAGUCAUUUCGUAUUAAAAAAACUAAACUAAAGAAUUUAUUCAAACUAUCGGGAAACCGAUACAGACUAUAAUUUAUAAAAUUUAGUCUAUGAUUUAUGUAUCCAAAAUUUAUUCAAACCUUAAUUAUUCGUGUUUAAUACGGAGGUUAAAAUAUUUAAAUGAAUGCCAUAUUAGGUUGAUUUGAUAAAUACAAACACAAUAACUUUUGAAUGUUAGGAUUAAGAUUAAAAAACGAUGGCGCCAACUGUGACUAGCAUAUGUCACUUAGCGCUAAGUCCCGUUUCUGAAUUUCUUAAACUUGAUAAAACCACUGUAACAUACUUUAAAAAUAUGUAUAGCAUAGUUUUGUGUUCGAUUACCUAAGAUAUAAUCCUAAUAUUCAGAGUAGACUUGGCGUUAAGUUCGACAGUACUUCGCGAUUACUUGACCCUUAGUAAAAUAAGUUCCACUUUAACUUUCCAAUAGUGUUAUCCAAUUGAAUCAUAUUUUAAAUAAAGACUGUUGACAGUCAUUGGUCAAAAAAUAAAAGAUAAGUUAUGACUUGACACAAAACGUUUUUCUUGUCCAGAAAUAUCACAUUGGAAAUAUUAUUGGAAAGUUCAGCGGAAGUUCCUUCAUGCCGAUACUGCCAUUAAACCAGCUGUGCUCCAUUGUAAUUUGUUGUUAAUACAUGUUAUUAUAAUUAUAUCAUCCAAA